ACGCCCCCCUUAACAUUUCUAAAACCCUCUUUUUCAACCUUACAACAACUUAACGAUACUCAACAAUGACACUCAACGAUCAACAACCGCCUCUAAUAACCACCAACUCGCCGGAAAACCGCCCUGAAUCUCCCAACCGCCCAUCAAAAAUCGCCAAACUCACUUCACAACACAACGAACCAGAACCAGAACCACAACCAGAUUCAGAACCAGAAGAACGUGAAACCAGCACAACAAUGGGGCAAAACCCUAGGGCAACAAUUCAGAGAUACUUAAUUGCAAUCGAGUACUUUGGAACUCGAUUCUCCGGUGCUCAACAACAAGCGCCUAAUUGCAGGACUGUUGUAGGCGUUCUUCAGAGUGCGUUUCACAAGUUUAUUGGGCAGCCGGUUUCGAUUUUCUGCUCCAGUCGGACGGAUGCUGGAGUACAUGCUUUAUCAAAUGUUUGUCAUGUAGAUGUAGAACGAAUAAGCAAAAGGAAACCUGGUGAAGUGUUGCCACCUCAUGAACCUUCUGUAGUCAAGAAAGCGGUCAACCAUUUCUUACAGAAGAAUGAAGGUGAUAUUAUGAUUACUGAUGUUCGAUGUGUUGCGGCUGAUUUUCAUGCUAGAUAUAAAGCUCAAGAGCGAACUUACUUCUACCGGCUGCUAUCAGGUCCAGAACAUCCAUCGACAUUUGAGAAAGAUAGGGCAUGGCAUGUACCUGAGGAACUAGAUCUUCAAGCAAUGCAGAAAGCUUGCAAGGUUCUCGUGGGACUUCAUGAUUUCACUUCUUUUCGAGCUUCUGGUUGCCAGGCAAAAUCACCAAUCAGAAACUUAGACGAGCUUAAUGUCAUCGAGGUUUUGCCAUCACCAUAUUUCCCAUCAGCAACGGAGAGAGAAACACAAAAUUUAGUGGGUCAAGCUCUUUCUGAGUCAAACGGUGGAUUAUCUUGUUCUAAUCAAAAUAAAGCCAUUGAGGAAUCGAGUCUAGGGUUUGGCAUGAGGAGAAGGCAUCGCUGCUUUGUAGUUACUGCACGCGCACGUUCUUUUUUGUACCAUCAGGUGAGACUUCUUGUUGGUGCUUUAAAGUCUGUCGGCACCGGAGAUCUAACAGUUUCAGAUGUUGAACGCAUCCUGGAAGCUAAGAAUGUAACCGCUAAUGGUCCAAUGGCUCCUGCAUGUGGUUUGUACCUUGCCCAUGUCAAAUAUGAUCUCCCAUGAUUGUUUCGCCAGUCUGUGAACUGCCACAAGGACUUGAUUCUUCUGUUCCGUAAACUCAAGUUUUCUGCAGUUUAAUGGAAUUUGCUCUCGCGUAUUAUUGAUGGUUUCUCGUGAUGAUUUCUGCAGUCACAGUGUAUCCCUUUUUUGUAGAAUAUGAAUAUUGCUAUUUAUUCGACAUUUUGGUUGCAUAA